AGAAGAGCCUGAAGGAGACCUCGCAGUCGGUGUACAUGGCUGGGCUCCUCACCGGCGCCCUCAUCUUCGGGCCCCUCUGUGACAGGAUUGGCCGCAAGGCCACUGUCCUGACACAGCUGCUCCUCUUCGCUGUCCUCGGUCCCGCCACAGCCUUUGUGCCCAGCUUUGCAUUCUACAUGGCCCUGCGCUUUGCUGUGGCUACUGCUGUUGCAGGGUACACCUUCAGCAACGUCGCCCUACUCACAGAGUGGGUGGGGCCCUUGUGGAGGACUCGGGCUGUGGUGCUGGCCCACUGUGCCUUCUCCCUGGGGCAGAUGGUGCUGGCAGGACUCGCCUAUGGCAUCCGUAACUGGAGGUCCUUCCAGAUCGCCGGCACCACACCAGUCCUUCUGCUCUUCUUCUACUUCUGGGCCCUGCCAGAAUCAGCACGGUGGCUCCUGGCCCGGGGGAGGGUGGAGGAGGCUAAACAAGUGAUCCAGAAGGCGGCCUCAGUCAACGGGCGGAAACUCUCCCCAGAGCUCCUGGGCCAGCUGGUCCGGGAGGACACAGGCCCCUUGGGGAAUGCCCUGGAUCUGAUCAGACACCCACAGCUGCGGAAGGUGACGCUGAUUCUCUCCUAUGUCUG